UAUCGACCCCGUCCGCGUGUACUCCUCAGCCGGGACGGCGCCCCCGGCCGGGUCUCCACUUCUUGGCCGUAUCUCCCAUGACAGCACCCGCUCGAAGAUGGCUGCGAAGGGCGCGCACGGCUCCCACCUGAAGAUAGAGAGCGAGCUGGAGCGCUGCCGCGCCGAGGGCCACUGGGACCGCAUGCCCGAGCUGGUCCGGCAGAUGCAGGCGCUGGUCGUGCCCAGUGGCGGAGGCAGCAGGCGAGCCAUUCCAAGCGCCUUAUUCACCUCUCUGGACCCCGGUGACUUUGGAAAAUUGCUCCUGGCUGAGGCCCUCCUGGAACAGUGUUUGAAGGAGAACAAUGCCAACAUAAAAGACUCCAUCCCUUUGCUGGAAAAGAAUGAACCGAAGAUAAAUGAAGCUAGAGACUAUCUGAGUAGUAUCCUCAACCAUGGGAAGCUGUCGCCACAGUUCAUGUGCGAGGCCAUGCUGAUCCUGGGCAAGCUGCAUUACGUGGAGGGCUCCUACCGGGAUGCCAUCAGCAUGUAUGCGCGGGCCGGGAUUGAUGACAUGUCUGUGGAGAACAAGCCUCUGUACCAGAUGCGGCUGCUGGCGGAGGCCUUUGUCAUCAAAGGCCUCUCCCUGGAACGCCUACCCAACUCCAUCGCUUCCCGCCACCGCCUGACUGAGAGGGAGGAGGAGGUGAUCACCUGCUUCGAGAGGGCCUCCUGGAUCGCUCAGGUGUUCCUGCAGGAACUGGAGAAGGUCACAAAUAACACAUCGCGGCACCUGAAAGGCUCUCACCCCACUGACUAUGAGCUCACCUACUUCCUGGAAGCUGCCCUCCAGAGCGCUUACGUGACAAACCUGAAGAAGGGGAACAUCGUGAAAGGCAUGAGAGAGCUCCGGGAGGUCCUACGGACUGUGGAGACCAAAGCAACUCAGAACUUCAAAGUGAUGGCGGCCAAGCAUCUGGCGGGGGUCCUGCUGCACUCCCUGAGUGAAGAGUGCUACUGGAGCCCCCUGUCCCAGCCUCUGCCCGAGUUCAUGAGUAAAGAGGAGAAUUCCUUCAUCAGGCAAGCCCUGCGGAAACCCCACCUCUACGAAGGAGACAACCUCUACUGCCCGAAGGACAACAUUGAGGAAGCCCUCCUGCUGCUCCUCAUCAGCGAGUCCAUGGCUACUCGGGAUGUGGUGCUGAGCCGGACGCCGGAGCAGGAGCAGGACCGGGCGGUGAGCCUGCGGAACGCAGCAGCCAUCUACGACCUCCUGAGCAUCACGCUGGGCAGGAGGGGGCAGUACGUCAUGCUCUCCGAGUGCCUGGAGCGAGCCCUGAAGUUUGCCUGUGGAGAAUUCCAUCUUUGGUACCAAGUGGCCCUCUCCAUGGUGGCUUGCGGAAAGUCGGCCUACGCGGUGUCGCUGCUGCGGGAGUGCGUGAAGCUGCGGCCCUCGGACCCCACUGUGCCCCUGAUGGCUGCCAAAGUCUGCAUCGGGUCCCUGCACUGGCUGGAGGAGGCGGAGUGCUUUGCUAUGAUGGUGAUCAACCUCGGGGAGGAAGCUGGGGAGUUCCUCUCUAAGGGCUACCUAGCGCUGGGUCUCACCUACAGCCUGCAGGCCACCGACGCGACUCUGAAAUGCAAGCAGGACGAGUUGCAGCGGAAAGCCCUGCAGACACUGGAGAGAGCCCAGCAGCUGGCGCCUGACGACCCCCAGGUCAUCCUCUAUGUCUCCCUGCAGCUGGCCCUCGUCCGACAGAUCUCCAGUGCUAUGGAGCAGCUGCAGAGGGCCCUGAAACUGUGCAGGGACGAUGCCAAUGCCCUCCACCUGCUGGCUCUCCUCUUCUCUGCCCAGAAGCACUACCAGCACGCGCUGGACGUCAUCAACAUGGCCAUCACGGAGUACCCUGAGAACUUCAACCUGCUGUUCACCAAGGUGAAGCUGGAGCAGGUACUGAAAGGCCCAGAGGAAGCCCUCGUGACCUGCAGACAAAUGCUGCGACUGUGGCAGACCCUGUACAACUUCUCCCAGAUGGGAGGCCUGGAAAAGGAUGGCAGCUUCGGCGAGGGCCUCACACUGAAGAAGCAGAGUGGCAUCCACCUGACUCUGCCCGAUGCCCACGAUGCAGACUCCGGCUCUCAGCGGGCAUCGUCCAUCGCAGCCUCCCGGCUAGAGGAGGCCAUGUCGGAGCUGACCAUGCCCAGCUCCGUUCUGAAGCAGGGCCCCAUGCAGCUGUGGACCACGCUGGAACAGAUCUGGCUCCAGGCUGCUGAGCUGUUCAUGGAGCAGCAGCACCUUAAGGAAGCAGGUUUCUGCAUCCAGGAAGCAGCGGGCCUCUUCCCCACCUCGCACUCGGUACUUUACAUGCGGGGCCGGCUGGCCGAGAUGAAGGGCAGUUUGGAGGAGGCCAAGCAGCUGUACAAGGAGGCACUCACGGUGAACCCCGACGGCGUGCGCAUCAUGCACAGCCUGGGUCUGAUGCUGAGUCGGCUGGGCCACAGAUGCCUGGCCCAGAAGGUGCUGCGGGAUGCAGUGGAGAGGCAGAGCACCUGCCACGAGGCAUGGCAGGGCCUGGGCGAGGUGCUGCAGGCCCAGGGCCAGGGCGAGGCCGCCAUCGACUGCUUCCUUACUGCCCUCGAGCUGGAGGCCAGCAGCCCAGUGCUGCCCUUCUCCAUCAUCCCCCGAGAGCUCUGACCCCGCCCUGCGGCAGGGAGGGACAGGGCUGCCCAGGGGGCGCAGGCGGACAGCAGGGAACACGGGUUCAGGGAGGUAUGAGACCUCAGGGAAAUAAAUCUCUAGGGAACACUUCGGGCUGCAGCCCUAGUUCUCCUUGCCUCCCCCUGCAUUCCCUCCAGGGCCAGCUGGGCUGGGGAGCUGCUCAUCUGGAGCUGGGCUGGACCAGAUUUGCAUCAAAAGCAAAUUCCUUGCUCCUUGGGACUCAGACAUUGUGGCAUUUAUAAGCAAAGAAGUAGCUGGGAGGCCACAUCAACGUGGGGGCCCCUCCCAGAGUAGCUGUGCAUCAUCCAAAUGUGUAGCAAGGUCUGUGUGGCUUGGUUACCUCCCCAUCUAGAACCCCCCGUCCUGUAACUGCCACCCUCCCUCAACGUCCUUGACCCUUGAUUUCCAGCUUUGCACAAACUUUAUUCUUGAACCUUCGCUCUGGUCUCCAGCACCAAAGAUGAACCCUGCAAGCUGCUCUCUGGCUGGGCCAAGAGGGUUUUCCUGAGUUCUUCCCUUGGUACCUCGGGAGACAGUCCGCUUGAACCUUAAGUGACUUAGAGUCGUGGUGACUGGACUUCCUCCCCGAGAGCCUCUGUGCCCUGGGGGGGCCUCACGGCCCUGGUCCCAUGCUCCAGUCUUAGGACAGCAUUUUGGAUCACUCUCAGGUCUUGCCCAGAGCAGUUGGGGCUUGAAGAACCCACUGGCAAGUGGAAGAAGAUGGGCCUUUGGGUUCAUCUCCCAGACUUUGAAGCUCUGGUGUCUGCCUGGGGACACUGAGCACUGGCCCUAGGUAGCCUUCCAUGUCUGCCCACCUCCAUUUUCUUGGAAAUGCCCCAGCUAAAGCGGCCUCCUGAGACCCUGGGCCAUAGCCCCAGAACGUGCCUCAGGCUGUCAGCGGGGCUGCUGGACCCAGCCCUUUGCAGCGCCUGACAUCAACACAUCAUUCCUUCAAACUUGACCUUUCUGGGCAGUGGGUACACUGCAGAUCCCUCUGCAGAAGGGGAGUCUCUAGGACUGUCCCCAACUCAUUUCACCACCCACAACCCAAUUCACCUCAGGCCUUCUUGGGUAACCCAAGCCCCACCCUGGCCAUUUGGUUCUCCCUGCCUGGCACCACAUGCCUGGUUGGAGAUCCGAGAAGGAGACGGAGCCUGACACCUCCUAUCUGGCUGAGCAGGCCUCUGUACUUGACACCUUUGUCCACAGGGUUCCUGGGUGCUGGGGGUGUCUUCCCUGCUGCUCCCCUAGCCUGCUGCAUGAUGCUCCUGGAAUCUUCCCCAAGAAGUCAGCCCACCACGGGCCUGUCAGGGGAAUUCUAUUUUUUAUCUGCACUUUGGGUUUUAGUUUUAAAGCUCCCGGUACAUCUCUCAUUCUAAGGUGUGUGGAAAGGUUGGGCGAGGACUGCCCUGGUUUGUCACAGCCCAGUCUCUCUCGCCACACUGCUCAGCACUGUGCCCCCAGGCUUCCCAGGGAGAGCCUGCACCUCCCGGCCUCUGCCAGGUGAGCGACACUGCGGAGAGCAGCAGGUCCUUCGCCUCCUGGCUGAAGGGUCUCUCUGUGUAAGUGUAUGUAUAAAUAUAUAUAUAUAUAUAUAUAUUAGAGCUCUAUUUUUAUUCUGGAAUUCUGUUAUAAAAAAAAUAAAUGAGACAAAGCAAAUGCUAUUGAGUGCCUGAGGGGUCAAAGAUGGUGGUGGUGGUUCUUGGGGACAGGCAUCACGUGCAUUUUGAUUGUGUGCCCUCAAAGGAGGACUCAGCGGGCUGGCCAGGUUGCUGACAGUUCGCAGACUGAAUAAAGAGACCCCUGAAG